AUGAGCGCCAUUCUCUCUGCGGAUGACUUGAACGACUUCAUAUCGCCUGGUGUCGCGUGCAUAAAGCCCAUAGAAACGCUUCCUCUGAAACCAGAAGACAAUUCUAACCCCUACGAAGUCACGACCGAAGACAAAGCUGCUGCUGCAGAACCGCCACCGCCUGCCCAGAUAUCGCUGACGGAUUGCCUUGCAUGCUCGGGGUGUGUAACGAGCGCCGAGGCAAUACUUGUCACGCUGCAAUCACAUACCGAAGUCCUCACCACGCUUGAUACAUACACGUCGUUGCGCGCGCCAUGGCAACACCACAAUGGGACAAACGGGGGCGCGAAUGGACACGUGAGCAACGGAGUUACGAAUGGCGUCAAUGGUCAUGGUACCGAGGGAAAGCUGUUUGUGGCCAGCAUCUCUCCGCAGGUGCGCGCAAGUUUGGCAGCAGUCUUCAAUGUCUCUGAAGUCGAGGCUGGGAAUAUGAUCGCGCAGUUGCUCAGUGGACCAUCUGGCUUGAAGGCUGGCGGCGUUAAUGGGAGCGAUUUCACCUGGGUCAUCGACACGAACGUGGUCCGCGAGGCCUGUCUCGUGGCGGCAGCAGACGAAGUGACAGCAGCACUCUCUCCAAACGCUUCAAAUGCGAUAUCAGCACCGGGAUCUGAAGGCGCCAUCGACACCACACCCAAGCAGCCCAUUCUCACAUCAGCAUGUCCUGGCUGGAUAUGUUACGCCGAAAAGACACAUCCCUACGUCCUCCCACACCUCUCGCGCCUCAAAUCCCCCCAAGCACUCACCGGCACACUUGUAAAAUCAGUACUUAGCCAGCGCUACAACAUUUCUCCGUCGCAGAUAUGGCAUCUCGCCAUCAUGCCCUGUUUCGACAAGAAACUCGAAGCCAGUCGCAGCGAGCUCACCUCAUCCGCCUGGCUUCCUAACAACUCAUCGCAGGACCCCGUACGAGACGUCGACUGCGUCAUCACAGCACGCGAACUGAUGUACCUUGCCACCAUGCGUGGCAUCACUUUCUCCACCCUCCCCCGAACGCCCCUCUCUUCCGCAGAACGAACGCCCUUCCCCGAUCCAAAACUCGAUGCCUUUCUCUUCCCACCCUCGCGCCGGAAGAACCAAGACCCAGCCGCUGGACCCUCAGGCGGCUACCUAUACCACAUACUCCAAACAUACCAAGCGCAAAACCCAGGGUCCUCGAUCUCAGUCUCACGCGGCAGGAAUGCAGACGUGGUUGAGUACUCGCUUGUGCGAGGUCCAGAAACCAUUGUCAGAAUGGCGCGCUUCUAUGGAUUCAGAAACAUCCAAAACCUCGUACGACGGCUCAAACCAGCCAAGAUAAGCAGACUACCUGGUGGCAAGACAGGCGUGAGCCGCAGACCUGGGGGUGGUGCGGUAGUCGGCGAGAGCGUGAAAGAGUAUGCGUAUGUCGAGGUCAUGGCUUGUCCCGGUGGAUGCACAAACGGCGGUGGACAGGUCAAAGUCACAGAGGUGGAGGAUGUGCGCAUUGCAGACGGUGUACAGACAGCGACUAGCGAUGUGAAGCCCGGGCCUAAGGAGCAGAAGGAGUGGUUGGCAAAGGUGGAUGAGGCGUAUUUCUCUGGUUCCGACUCUGAAGUCGACGGCGAUGGCGAUGGCGACCAGGAGGUGAGGGAGGUGAUCACAAACGGUCAAGACGACGUCGUAAACGGUAUCUCGAGGACACAUGUCAAGGACGUGUUGGCGCAUUGGUCAGAUGUCACAGGUGUGGACUUGCAAAGCUUGUUGUACACGUCGUACCGCAAGGUGGAAAGUGAUGUGGGGAAGAAGAAACAGAGCGACAUGGAAAGAGUAGCCGGGUUGGCGGUCACUGUCGGCGGCGGCUGGUGA